GGACAAUAUGUUGUAAUGACCAUCGCAUUCACGCAAGUGUGCAGUCAAUCCAUCCGUCUGAAUCACAUAUUCAGGGCCACACAAUUGGGGGCACACUCGUAGUAAACUUCGUUGUAAUCCUCCUGAUCCGUCUCCUUUCCUUCUCUGUAUGAAUGGGUGCAUCUUCUCCUGACAGGCGGUAUCUGCAUCAACGAAACACACACACACACACACAGAGAGAGAGAGAGAGAGAAUGCGGGCCCCUGGAUAUGGAUGGUGAGUCACACCGUCUGUCUACGUCCCACCCGCCCGCCCGCCCACCGACCCAGACGUGUCGAAGCCGAUGGUUGAGUCCUUCUCGAUGCUGAUGUCCCACAUGGUCGCCUUCUUGUCGAAUAUCUCAUCCCAGCCGCCCCCAUGCCGCUCCUCCCCGACCUGGAUGUACACGCCUGUAUACUUGCGAUGCUGUAACCACGGGUCAACCGGGAUGUCCUCCUGGUGUCGCAUCUUGGCCGCGAUGUCCUCAACCGUGUCCGACAGCGUCACGUCCACCGUGACGGUCCUCUCUGCACAAAUAGAAGAGACAGAAGCGAGAGUUCCCACCUUCCGUCUGUGCGUGUGCGUGUGGGCAUACAUAUCCACGUACCUUCAGAGACCCUGAAGAAGAUCGAGAAGGUUGGUCCCAACCAGCCCUCAUCAGACAGAACAGCUGAAAACACAAACACGACAGGAUGAUGCGAUGGUGCACCACGCCUGGCCGUCCGUGUGUACCUGUGGCUAUGGCCUCGUCGUCCACCUUGUCGCGCACACAGGCCGCUGUGACGGGGCAGCCAGCGGCACCACAGCCGUCGCCCUGGGGCACCUCGGUGGUGUAGAGGGAGAUGCGUGCCAAGUGUCCCUCGAACCUGGUCAUCUUGAUGUAGACGGGACACGCGUCGCCCUCCUUGUCGCCACACAGGGCGACGAGACGGCAUGGGCGGCCGUAGCUGGCGAAGUCGACGGUCCGGCAGCCCCACAAGGAGGGCGUCGGCUGGUGGAUGAGGGCACUGAUGCGGUCAUACUCAGCAGACAGCGGCUGCCAGGACCGACAUGACACCAACCGCAACCUCUGCGGCGCCAACCUGGAAGAAAGAGCGGAGAGACCGGAAGUAGAGGGAGACACAUUGCUGCCCCGUGUUGCCCCAUUACGCGAAUCCCUGCACACCUCUCGAUGAUCAUUGAGCGGAAGCUGCUGUACUCUGUCCCCCGCCCUACUUCUAUACACACAACCAACACAACCAGGGUACACAGCACAACCAGGGUCCUUCUGGGACCCUCCGCUUGACUACAUACCUUCGCAGCCAGGGUCCCCGGCAUCGGCUCGAACUCGAAACCUCUCUGGCCAGGCGCUAAGUCCCACGCUAAACCACAUCCGCGUCAGCUGCAGGUCCUCGCCCAGUCUGUGGCCAUAGAGUGUGAACUGUCGCACACUGGGGGGACGCCUGUCGACUACCGCCUUGGUGCCGAUACGCUGCAGGUCGUCAGCCCUCAGCUGGAUGCGCAGCGCCGUGAGCCGCCCAUGGUGCUGGGCCAGCCGCAGCAGCCCCUCAUUGCCCUUCCAGUCGCCCCCCGUCACCAACACAUAGUGCAGGCGGACGAGCCAGUGUGGGCGACGGACAUCCCGAGAUCGACGCAGAGGACGGUAGCCCAUCACGCCGGCCACUGGCACCAUGAGGGCGUCGAUGUGCGGCACCAGGGCGGCCGCCACGGUGCUGCCGACCGCCGGUGAGGUACAGCAAAGUCUGCUGCUGAUCUUGGCGAGUGCGGUGUGGGGCCCCUGAUUGGCACUGACGCUGCAGCGGCUCCACUCGGCUACGAAGGGGAGGAGGGCCUGGUGCAUGAGGGGCUCGGGCAGGCCAUGCAGCUGACGAACGAACCGGAACGCCAACGUGCCUUCAUCCUGACACGGAGGCAGUGACACCCACACACUGGUCGUCUCGUCAUGCGAGCUUAAAGUAGCGCGCAGUGGCCGGCUGUACCUUCUUCUUCGUUUCGGUGGCCUGGGUGGCGUCUUCAUCGUCGGCGUCGGCAGCCUCAGCGUCUGGGGCGACGAGCUCGAAGCUCCUGGCAUGGCCCUCCAGCUGAAGACAAACACACAGACCGUAGAAGCCACAUACGUCACGAGCCGACGGAUGGACGAUGUGUGUGUGUAUUGUGAACGUACCAGUGCCACGCCGUCUACUCGCUUGAGCUCCGCCUGCAAGUGGUCCAGUGCGUCGGACAUGCCCACGACGGCACCCUCCAGCAUUGGCAGGCUGCCCGCAGCCACCGACCCCUGCACCGCACCCACAGGCCAGGCCACACAAAUGCAAGCACGAGUCAGUAGGGGAGGGAGAGCCGACUGACCUUGCCAGCGAGAUACCUAAUGGCCUCACCCGCCUGCACACGCACACCACACACCACAGCAUCAUAGCACCCGACGUCUCCGUGUCGGCGGUAGGCACAUGUGCCUUUUCUUUCAGAUGUCCGUUCACCUGUGAGUGCGAUGCAGCCAUCUGCUCGUGCAAGUGCAGCAGACGCCCAAACAGAUCAACAAACCUCUGAAUGACCACCACAGUGCACACACACAGAGUGGAUAGGCACAUGACGGUCUCUGUGCGUGUGGCUGCCGCGUGGCUCACCGACUGCUCCUCUGAUGUUGGGCUGCGGCUAUCAUCAUGUCCAAACACAUUGCUAUGUCCACCACCUGACCAACACGCAUACAACACACCACCACACACACCACACAAAUGAGGGUCGAUGCCUCACUCCCUUUCGCUUUACUCGGCCAGUUGUUCAGCCCACCUGCCGCUGAUGCCGAUCCAGCAGAUAGAGAGAACAUGCUGGCUGCUAUGCUUACCGAAGCAACACGUACACCG